ACUUUUGUAAUAUGGACUCUCACACACACUUGAAUGUGCUAGCUGUCACCAAGAAGGACUCCAUUGAAGAACAUGGUAAGGUAAGGUGACGCCAGAGAAACAGGAAACACAUUGAAGACAAGUAUUAUGGACUUGAUUAGUUUUUUAUUGUGACAGUUGUUAUACUCCUUUUUUUUUUGUCUUUCUCUUUAAGAAAAACAAAAUAAUACAGCGAGGGGGGAAAGAAAAGGCUGCAACAGUUUUAAAGACACUGAGAGGAUUGGAGGAGGAAGAAGAGAGUAUUAAAGGAAUGAGGAAGAGGAACAGCUCUUAACCUAAUUAAGUAAAUGCUUCUUUUAUUCCUUCUUGUAUGUUGAGGUGGGUCUCUUCUGGUUUCCACCUCAAAAGCUGAUCUUUAAUAUUUAAGAUACAUAAAGAGAGAGUUCAGAGAGAAGUUAAAACUUGCAGUAACAUUUGGUUGUCACCAAUCAGAAGAGCACAGAAAGGACAAUUGGCUUUGUCUGGUAGUGCUUCAAGGGAGUGAAAACAAUGGUUCUAAGGGUUGCCAUGUGAGCCAAAGAGAGAAAGAGACACAGAGCCUAUAUCAGGGAGUAAAUUGCUGAAGUGGAUUCAAACAAGUAAGCCAUGGAGUCUCCAAGGAACCAUGGAGUCUCUGAGGAGGAGGAGGAAUACAACAGUUGUGAGUCAGGGUGGACUAUGUACAUAGAAGACGCCUUCCAUGGAAAUGACCAUUCCUAUAUUGUUGCUGAUGAUGAAGAUGAUGAUGAUGAUGUUGACAUUGGUGAUGAUUCAAAGGUAAAAGAGGCUGAUGAUGGUGGUGGUGAUGAGGAGAGUGAUGAUUCAAUGGCUUCUGAUGCAUCCUCGGGGCCUAGCAAUCAACUUACAAAGAACAUCAACAAACAUGCAGCGAGGAAGAACGUUUCUAAACAAGUCUGCAUUCAAAAAAGCCAACACGCAGAGAAAACAUUAAGCAACGAAGGAGAAAAGUCAGAGCUCAAAGCUAGAACAAGAACAAGUGCAGCUAGUGUCCAGAGUAAAGGCAAGGUGAGCAAAACCAAAUAAAUACUCAUGAAGAAAAAGAGAAGAAGAUAUGAUGAUGGUUCACUUAGAAUCCAAAUCAUGUAAUGCAAAGAGAGGUUUCAACAUCUCUCACCCAAGCCCUGUUGUUUGCCCUUAAUAAGCCAUGUGUGUAGGUAGUUGCAUUGUUUUUCUUUUUUUUUUUCCAGCAUAUGUUCUUUUGUUUUUUGGUAGAUGCUGUCACGAAUAAGUUAUCUG